CGAAUAUGUCGAACGUCGCCGCCAAACUACUGGCGGAGCCUGGCGCUCGACCCGUUGUCACCGCUGCAUGAUGCUCUCGAGUACGCUGUUCUAGGUCUGGCGAUGCGAACAGACGCUGCGGGACUCCGGCGCAAUCCCGCACGCCCGGUGUCCGCCAAAUGCGCCCUCGUACGGGUAUUGCCAAAAGAGGCAACCCCGCGAGCGUCCAAACUCGCAGGGAAUCUGAGGCAUGCCCCCCUCCAUCCGCCAGGUCGACUCGCGAACGGCCUCAGGCACAGCAACACGGCGCACACGCGCGCGGCGAGCACCCACGGCAAAGGCCCCGCACGCAAACCUAGCCGACGAAGACACCGCGGGCCUGGGCGCAGCGACGAACUCACGACAGGUGUGGACGACGAAUACACGGCAAGCGUGAACGACGAGCGGACGGCGGGGACGAAUGAACGGCUGGCGGGGAUGGGCGAGGGCGAGGUCGAGGGCGAGGUCGAGGGCCAGAGCCAGGACGCGGUGACGUGCAGCGCGACGCGCACGACGACGGCGAGCACGCAGGGCCAAUGCCCUGCGUGUAGGCACGGCCGACGAACAAGCGGCGCGCGGACGGGCCGACGCACAGGGCGACCGCGAGCAUGCAGGGCCAAUGCCCAGCAUGCAAGCACGGCCGAUGAACGGAUCGCGCGGGGAUCAGCAAAAGACGGAAGACAGCGACGUGGACAGGGCCGAGGCGUGCGCAACACACGCCAACUGCGAGCGCGGAGGACGAAUGUCCAGUGCACAGACGCGGUCGACGAACGCGCACACAGGUAAGCGGAAGGGAGGCCGAGGAGGCACACAAUCGGGUGGGCGGGCGUGUACACAACCGGGCGGGACCACAACCGGGCGGGACCACAACCGGGCGGGACCACAACUGGGCGGCGACGCACGCACGGCAACCACGAGCGCGCAGGGCAAAUGCCCAGCACGCAAGCGCGGUCGACGAACGAGCCGCGCGCGCGAGCGACACACAGGAGACGGCGACGGUGGACAGGGCGUGUACAACACACGCCGACUGCGAGCGCGUAGGGCCAGUGCCCCGCAUGCAAACGCAGCCGACGAGCGUGUCGCAGGUAGUGAAUGGGGGGCGAACGGACGAGGACAAGCGGGCGGGAGGCCGGGAGGCGUAGUAGUAGUGCAAUGUAUAUUAGUGUAGUAGCAUUAUAAUCGACGGCAGUUUACAGCAGGUU